AUGGCGCCUUCAAUUAUCAUACCGUCGUCCAGUUAUGUUGGCGGCCAUCUCGCCUCGACAAGUAUCUGUUCAGAUCACGUCGACAUCCCCAAUGAGGUGAGUGACAGGUGGAUCAGGUUGCCCGAGGCUCUGUUCUCGUCAAUUAUGGCCGUCGAGCCGGAAGUCAACCCCAUGCACAAGACAUCAAAAGCUCUCUCAGAUGCAUGGCUAAGAGAUGCGCUUCGCAUGGAUGACAAAACGGCUAGCAUUUGGAGCCGACUCGACAUCGCCUACAUGAGCGCUAUCUCUGCACCCAAUGCCGACCUGGAGACACUUAAGCUUAUGAAUGAUUGGAAUGGAUGGGUUUUUGCAUUUGAUGAUCCUUUCGACGAGGGUUCCUUCGCAAACAACCCCAUCAAAGCAGCCGAAGAGAUAAUUUACACGCUCGCUAUUCUCGAUAACAUCCACCCUGUAAUAUCACCUGACGUGAACCCAUUGCGCCAUACCCUACAAUCAUGCUGGAACCGCUUCCGACUACGCGCGAGUCCCGCGCUACAGUAUCGCUGGAAGAGGCAUCUCACCAUGUACUGCGUCGGUGUCCUUCGGCAAGUUGGUGUGCAAAAUACUGCUUCAAGACUAAGCAUUGGGGAGUACAUGGAUAUGAGAGCCGGAGGCGUUGGGGCGUAUCCCUGCAUUGGGCUGAUGGAGUUCGCUGAAAAAAUUGACUUACCGCAAGACGUCAUGGAUCAUCCUUCUCUCGAAGCCAUCUCCCGACUCACAUGCGAUUUGAUCACCUUGCAAAACGACCUAUGCUCCUACCGAAAAGACCUUAUUCAAGGCGAGGACAAUAACGUCAUCUUCAUUCUCAAAGAUCAGGGUCUAACAGAACAGCAAGCUGUGGACGAGAUUGGAGAGAUGCUGUGCGAUUGUUACCGACGAUGGGGCACUGCCCUCGCAGAUCUUCCAUCUUGGGGAGAGGGUAUUGACCGAGACGUGAUCAAGUUUGUCAACGGUUGCAGAAAUAUUGCCCUAGGUAAUCUUCACUGGAGUUUAACUACAUUCCGAUAUCUGGGUGAUGAGGGUCCUAAGGUCAAAGAGACACGAAUGAUGAAGCUUCCUUGA